UAAACCGCGCAAGUUCAAGAAGAUUGCGAGUGUAUAAAUACCGCGGUCAAGGACGCGCACACACUGAGUGUACACAGGUCGAAGAGCGUUUUCUUUAACGGCGACCUCAUGUUCAAAAGUGUCACUUUGGUCUUUUCUGUGAAUGGAAACGGGCCGUUUGUUUCAGCUCAAGCCGGUGACUUCAUCUAGUUUCAUCAAGUACAAUAAGUGUAGUUUGUUGUUAAAACAUUUUGCAUUUAUAUUUGAACGUAAGUAGCGAGUUAAGGUCUUGUAUUUUAUGUAAACUUUUAUGACAAUAUUUGCAUAUCACCAGUCACCAUGAUUUUCACCGCACAUUUAAUCUUGGCCACUGUUUUGUUCUCCGGACUUGUGAAAUGUAAUAAUGUGGAUUUGGACGAGACCGAGACAGUACCUGUCAAAAUGUCUUUAAAAAGAAAUGGCCUUUGGACUGAGGACUGGAAUGUUUUCCAAAUUAAGGCGUUCGGGCACGUUUUCACGCUGUACCUGAGGCCGGACGACAGUUUCAUGGCUCCAACGUUACAGGUUCAGCGCGUAAAAGUCAAACAGCUCUCGGCUGUUGUGAACGGUUCCGGGCACGAGCGCGUCCCGAAGGAUAUAUUGCCUGAGCCCAGAAAAAGCGAACAGGAGCUCAGGGGCUGUUUCCACACGGGUACAGUAAAUAAGGACGAGGAGUCGCUGGUCUCCGUCAGUCUCUGUCGUGGCAUCCGGGGAACUUUCGUAACGCGCGGUCAAGAGUACUUCAUUGAACCAGUCGGUGCGCGCACUGGAGACGCGAGAGGCACUUUCUCUCAGCCUCACGUCGUUAAAAGGCGAGUGUUCUCCAAAAGGUCCGGCGUCGAGGGAGAGGAAGAGGACAACAGUUACGUGAAGAAUGAUAUAGAUCAGUCUGACGAAUAUGAACAAAGAGAGCAAAAGCGGGAACGGAGGUUCGUGUCAGCAGCCAGGUACAUCGAGACCCUGGUAGUAGCGGACGCUUCCAUGACGCGUUUCUAUGGAGACGAGAUCAAGCACUACCUAUUAACCAUAAUGGGGAUGACUGCACAACUUUUUGGCCACCCUAGCAUUAAGAAUGCAGUGAGCCUAGUGGUGGUCAAGAUGUUGGUAGUGGAGGAUGAGGAUGUUGGACCUGAGGUGUCCAGAAAUGGCGGGAUGGCCCUACGCAACUUCUGCACCUGGCAACAGCUCUUUAACCCAGCAAGUGCACGCCACCCUGAGCAUUACGACACAGCCAUUUUGUUCACUAGGGAGGAUAUUUGUGGACAUCAGCAUUGUGACACCCUUGGUGUAGCUGAUGUGGGAACCAUGUGUGACCCCAAAAGAAGCUGUUCAGUCAUUGAGGACAACGGCCUUCAGGCAGCCUUCACUGUGUCACAUGAGCUCGGCCAUGUACUAAGCAUGCCACAUGAUGACUCCAAAACCUGUGAGAAAUUGUUUGGUGAUAUCAAUGGACACCACCUAAUGGCUCCUUUCUUUGUCCACCUCAACAAGACACUUCCUUGGUCACCAUGCAGUGCUCUUUACAUCACAGAGUUCUUCGACAAUGGACAUGGUGAGUGCUUACUGGACAUGCCAGAGCAGACUAUUCCCUUAAGGGGUGAGCCUCCAGGCCACAUGUUUGGUCUGGACCGUCAGUGCCAGCAAGUAUUUGGGGAGGAGUUUGUACGCUGCCCCAAUGUCCCGGAGGACCAAGCAUGCAUCCAGUUAUGGUGCCGUGAAGAGGGCAAACUACAGUGCACUACCCGUAAUGGGAGCCUGCCCUGGGCUGAUGGUACACCCUGUGGUGAAGACCAGAGCUGCCAUGGGGGUGUGUGUGUGUCAACCAUAUUGGCAGAGAAGGAAGAUGAGGUACCGGUCAAUGGUGGCUGGGGUGAAUGGGGUGCCUGGGGCCCAUGCUCUCGGACCUGUGGCGGUGGGGUUGAGUUUUCUCAUCGCGAGUGCACAGAUCCAGUGCCACAGAAUGGAGGAUCCUACUGUGUGGGCCAGAGAGUGAAAUACCAGUCCUGCAACAUUCAGACCUGCUCAGGAAAUCAUGGUAAGAGCUUCAGAGAGGAACAGUGUGAGAAAUACAACAGUGACCGUUACUUGAACGUGCAUGGCAAAAUAAAGCAGUGGAUCCCAAAGUAUACUGGUGUUUCGCCCAGGGAUCGGUGCAAACUUUUCUGCAGAGCCAAGUACAGCAACGAAUUUAAAGUCUUUGAAGCCAAGGUCGUGGAUGGUACAACCUGUGGUCCAGAUACCACUUCUAUCUGUGUCCAGGGACAAUGCAUCAAGGCUGGCUGUGACCAAGUCAUAGGCUCCAAUCUUAGGCUGGACAAGUGUGGUGUCUGUGGUGGAGAUGGGGCAAGUUGCAGAAAAAUCAGUGGCACUCUAAACAAAGCUACCUUUGGAUACAAUGACAUAAUUACCAUUCCUGCUGGGGCCACCAACAUUGAUGUCAAGCAGCGUAGCCACCAUGGCAUUAAGCAUGAUGGUAACUACCUGGCAGUGAAGGCUGAGGAUGAAACCUACAUUCUCAAUGGGAAUUUCUCGGUAUCCACAGCUGAACAGGACAUUCCAGUGCGUGGUGCUGUCCUUCGAUACAGUGGCUCAUCCACUACCCUUGAGCGGCUUCUCAGCUUCCAGGUUCUCCAGCAAACCAUCACCAUCCAGCUUCUGUCAACAGCAGGUGACACCUCACCACCCAGGGUUAAAUACACCUUCUACCUGCCCCGGGAUCUUCCAUUCAGCAAGCCAGAUGCAGACAGGAGCCUCUCCCCACAUGUCAUCCUGCCAUUUGGAGGAGCUGAAUGGGUCCUGGGUGAGUGGUCCGAAUGCUCUAAGAGCUGUGGUUCUGGCUGGUCCAGGAGGAGUGUUGAGUGUCAGGACAGAACAGGAGCCUCAUCUUUCUCAUGCGACAUGGAGCUGCGGCCAAUUGACAUCCGACCGUGUGGUGAUCUGCCCUGUCCUGUAUGGCAGAUGGGACAAUGGUCAGCCUGCUCUCGGACUUGUGGUGCUGGUGAGCGCCGGCGCAGCGUGCGGUGCAUAGACUACACAGGCAAGACCGUGGAGCCAGAGAAGUGCAACCCAGAUAAAAGGCCAGAGGCUGUUUCCACGGAGUGCUUUUAUCAGGACUGUUAAAACAGACUGUUCCCUGCAACAAAGAACAGGGGCAGGUGGUGGCAGAGGUCUAAGAUCCAUAGGGCAGGUAGUGGAGGAGAGAGCUAUUAACCCAACAACCUCCCUUUUAAAUAGGAAGCUGACCAUGCUUCAGAAGCAAGCUAGGAAAUUGUAACAUACAAAAUGGAUACAAAAAUGAUUAAUUUUCAUUGUUAUUUUUCUAAUAUAACUUUUAAUAGGAAUGUCACGAUACCAAAAAUCUAGUAAUCAGUACCGAUACCACCAAAAGUACACGAUACUCGAUACCAAAGUCGAUACCACAGUGUGGUAUGAAUAUAAAAUUAAAAAAAUAAAAUAAAAAAACUCUCCUGGAGGACAUCCUCCUCUGGUUGAUACUGGCAAAGAGA